AUGGCGACCGAGAUGCAGUCCUUCUAUACUCCUUCCGCCCAUAUCUCCCAUACGCCGGCCGCCGUGGACGAGCUGAUUAGCAAGUACUCCUCGAGUAUGAACACCAGCGCGACGGCCCUACGGAAUCAGCGGCGCAACCCAUUCCAGCGCUUCAUCGAUCGCGUACGGCUCGAGUACUACCGCUACGAGGUCACCUUUGGCCUUUAUGUGAUGACUCCCAGCGAGAAGCUCGUCGCCAAUACCUUCGUCAUGGUUGUCAUGAGCCUACUAUUGUGGGCGCUGCUGCUCUACUUCCCGUCCUUGCUCUACAGCAAGCUCAGCCGUCUCGUAUGGCUGUUGACCGGUCACAGCGGCGAAGAGGUCGGCGCCGUGUUGGGAAUCCUCGAUCACCACGGCAAUCCCAUCUCACCCACCUCGGUCGCCGAGCAAGCCAUGGCCUCCUAA